AUGUGCCGAUACAAUUUCUGGCCCACAAUGUUCGAAAAAAAUAACCUUCUAUUCAUAAUAUAUCCAUUGUUAUUGUGUUGUCAAACAGUACAAAAAGGAGAUGCUAUUUUUGUGGGGGUUGGCAAUAUUCUCGAAAUUAUUGAGAUCGGUAAGAGUGUGGUGGAAGUGAUGGAGCAUGCAAGAAACAAUGAAGAAAAAACGGAAAUGAAAUUGUUCGAAUACCUCGGCAUCAUAAACUCGAAAUUGGAUAAACUGAAUCAACAAAUAGAUGCAGUCGGCACUAACACGAUAUCUAUGGUCCAAAAAAUUGUGGAACUACAACUACGCCUCAACGAGCUAUCGGACUACGUCAAUCGCAUGAACAACUACUACAGGGACUACGAUAACUACGUCAAGAACAGAUUGGCCUUCGAGGUAUACACGGUUGAGGAUUUCUCAACCAAGGCCAUCUCGUCCGAAUCGGGAUCUGUGAGGACCUUGCUGGAAAGGAUACACGCUCUCGUGUGGACAGGAAAUGACAUCGAUAGCGGGUUGAUGAUCAAACUGAGUGGGGCUCUCAAGGAAGUAGGAGGAGACAUGUUCUGUCAUGCGAAGCAAUCACCUCAACAAGUCCUUUACAAUUUAUAUAAUACCAUAGCAAUAACGGAACUUAAAGGCCACAUCAUGAUACAAUUUUCGUACAUGUUUCACAGGCAAUACAAAAAAGGAAAUUUCACCGGUGAAGAACAAGUGAUGAUAGAUAGAUACGAAGAACGAACGAAUAAAGCGAUAGAAGUCAUGAGGAAAGUCAUGACGAAUGCUUCCAGGCAGCUGUGGAACUGUGAUCCCAAAAAACACGUUAAAGGAGAGACCUAUGAAGAAAUUACACAACUCCUGCAAGGCUUUGUCCAAAAUGAAGUGGAUCUCAACUCGGAAGGUACUUGUAGAGGUAACUGCGCCGAAUAUACAUUUACAAAGAGCUACGACUGUUUCGAUAACCUUUACUGUAGACAACAGAGGAGAUGCAAUGGUAAAAUCAUAAACUGCCAGUACAUUGACGCCGACAUGUCUAUUUGUCCUGCGAAUCCAUUAAGCGGUCGUCGUUACGAAUACAUCGAAUAUGACAACGGUAGAGUUUUCGGUCGAAAACAGAGAUGCAGAAGAGGAUCGACCAAGGCGGACAGUUGGACGAGGUGGCUGUUUUGGCAAUGCUCGUAUUGUUUCUGCCUUUGUGACGAACAAGGCAGCCAUUCUGACAGAUACGUGAAUAUGAGGCCUUCUAUCGCUGAUACUGACAAUAACAUGAUUGUAACUGGACUGAGAUUUGUCAAGAAAAACCGUAUUAUCCAUCUGCAAAUUCAAGAAGGAAAAUUGAUGGAGAGAGGUCGUGUUGAUAUUAGCACAGUCCAUUGGGUGCCGGUUGAAGGGUACAAAAUAACUGACAGAAAAAUCUACAACCAUCAAGACUAUCACACGUUCACUUGGGAAAAUCGAGCUCUAGAUCUUGAUGAUCUAGAAGCUGGUCCUGGGUAUAUACUCACCGGUAUUCGUUUCAAGGAAAUAGGUUCCCAUCUGAAUUUGGAAAUAUACGUGACAGAGUUUGAUUUCGACACGGGAAAACUUGUCAAUCCUAGGAGUACUAGUGUUUGGAAAGAUAACCCAAAUACAGAUUCUUCAAAUUCGAAUCCCAGGACGAAAGUGCACCUCAACCAGCCGGACAUCCCCAUCAGGUCUCCCUCCCCCUCCGUACCGGAUUCGUGGAGUGACCAAUACAUCGAGUUCACCAAUACGGACCUGAACAGGGACGCCGGGCAGACGACGGUGCCCUUUUUGGACGCCCAAAAGCUCGAGUCGCUCCAGGCGGUGCCCCUAUCGGGCGCCGGGCUGUUCCACAAGGGCGGGCCCUUCUCUGGCGGGUUCAUCACGCCCAAAUUGAUCACGUACGAUUUCAGCAAGCAUUUGAAGGCCGUCGAUUCCAGAAUUCGGAAAUGUUAG